GGCCUCGAGGGGCAGAGUAGGGGGAACUCGGAGCCUUCCUCAGCGCCAGGAUGAGGACAGCCUGGCCAGAAAUGGACCUCAGCCAGCUUUCGCCUGUGACUAUGGUCACUUUGAACUACGAUGACUACUUUUAUGAGGACAACUGCCAGUACAAGCAUCUGCAGCACAUGACUACUUUCCUCCCCAUCCUGUACACUGUUGUGUUCCUGGUGGGCAUCAUCGGCAACUCCAUCCUGAUAGCGGCCUUGGUGUUCAAGCGCCGGGUCCAGAGGCUUAUCGACAUCUUCAUCAUCAACCUCGCUGCUUCUGACUUCAUCUUCCUCAUCACGCUGCCGUUCUGGGUGGACAAGGAGGCAUCGGACGGGAGCUGGAGGGUAGGAUCUUUCCUCUGUAAAGCCAGUUCUUUUAUCAUCUCCGUCAACAUGUACUGCAGCAUCCUCCUUCUCACUUGCAUGAGUGCGGACCGGUACCUUGCCAUCAUGUACCCUGCCGUCGCCAGAAGGGUCAGAACCAGAUCCUAUUCCACCGGCCUCUGCAUCUGCGUCUGGUUAUUAUCCUGCUGCUUGGGGAUACCGACCCUUCUGUCCAGGGAACUGAAGGAGCGCUACGGCAAGACGUACUGCACAGACAAAGCCGUGACAGAAUCCAAACAGAUCGUGUCGCUGAUGAUGUUGAUCCUGGCCUUCUUCUUCCCGCUGUUGAGCAUCCUGACCUUUUACUGCUCCAUCACCAGGAGGCUCUGCAUGCAUUACCAGAGGUCCGGGAAACACGAUAAGAAACUGAGAAAAUCCAUCAAGAUUGUCUUCAUUGUAGUGGCUGCUUUUGUCAUCUCCUGGGUCCCCUUCAACCUUUUCAAGCUUAUGGCCAUCCUGUUGAGACUGCGGAAAGUGCCCGACUGUUUUCCUGACAUGGUGGCCCAGGUGGGCGUGAAGGUGAGCAGCCCCUUUGCCUUCGCCAACAGCUGUGCCAACCCCUUCAUUUACUACUGCUUUGACAACUACAUCCGCAGGGCCAUGCUCAGGUGCCUGUGCCCGUGGGUGAAAGUCAGCAGCAGCGGCAGUGUCUCUGACACUUUGGACACCCGCUUGAGCCACUCCUUAUCCAAUUUCAUCACGGGGGAGUAUGCUGCUAGGAAGAGGAAGCGCUCGGUGUCCCUCUGACUGGGAGCCAGGACCGCGGAGGAAGGGACCUCUCUCUCCAGAGACGGCAGGAAAAGACUAAAGCAAGGAAAGGGGAAAAAAAGAAACGAGCGACAGGGGCAGAGCUGCAGCUGUAAUGCAGUCGGCACGUCAGGCUGGAGGAGCAGCACUUCCCUUUAAAGACAGGUAAAUGGAAUAGGAAACCUUAACCACGGACCUAUGGUUCACAGUGAUUGCUGUGUCGCUGCGCCGUGCAAGCCUGAAAACGCCACACCGAGAGAGAUCCACGGAGCCCUACCAACACAGGCCAGGGGGAGGCCGAUCAGUCGGAGCCACCCCGAGGCAGGCUUUGAACUGAAAUGCGUAGGUUUUCAUUCUGCUCAGAGCAAGAAAAACAGAAGUAUUGCUUCUCUUCGGUUCCUAGCCUACACACGAAAACAUCGCAACGUCCUGGAAACAACCUGAUCGAUUCUCCUUUUCUGGAGGUUUUCUGAGUUUAGAAAUGCAAUGUUUUAAUGAAUUGCUGUGUUACCUGCUGUCAUAACUUGAGCCUUGUGCAUUUUCCUUAAAAGCGUCAGCUUCUUGAUUAUGGGAUUAAAUCUCAGUUUUAAUCGCGGUAAUUAAUGUAAGUUUCUAGCCCCUAUUAUUUCAGAAAAAAAAAGGUUGAACGCAGAGAAACCAGAAGAUAAGCCAAUGAGACUCCGCAUUUAACAUUUUUUCUUAAAAACAAACAAGCAAAAAAACAAACAAACAAAACAACAACAACAACAACCCAACCACAAAAACAAAACAAA